AUGAAGCAGUACUUACCACUCCAAGAUUUUGACGCCGUCACUGGCGCUCUCAACUUCAACACCCCCGAUUGCAACGUCACCGGCGGAUGCGAUCUCUACACAACGAAGUCGACCGGCUCCGAUAAGAAACUGUACAAGAACAUCGAUAAGGACCUCAACUCACAACAUGCUGCGUUGCUCAAGCUGGGCGCCAGCUUGUCACCGCCGGAUCGCGAAGCCAUGCUGGCGACGUCACCAAACAUGCAAAUGUUUUCUCACUCAAGCGCGUUCGGUCCUCUUUCCGAAUUGUCAAGUCGUCGCACCUUUGCUUAUUUGAUUGCGACGCUCAACGCAAGCCAUCAACAUUACGACUUUUCGCACGUUCUGAGACCAGGCGAUUUUAAGAGGGAGAGGAAUUUGCGCCGAGUGAUGGGAAACCUUGAUUCCAUCUUGCAGAAUGUCAGACCGCAUGUCGAGGCCCGACCGGUUGAGCAGGCCACGUCUUCCGAAACUAAAGCGGUCUGGGGCCCACAAUGCUGGUCCAAGAUUGACAAAGAGAUGCGAUUGAACGAAUGCACCGUCUUCAGCUACAACCCAGACGUUGAUCCCUUUGAAGAGGAUGAAUCUGCCAUUUGGGCGGCACAUUACUUCUUCUUCAACCGCGCUCUGAAGCGAGUUGCUUAUCUCUACGUACGCGUUGUCCCGGUCGUCUCGUCGCAAUCACCACGUCUGCAGCCGGCGCUUCCAGGCUCUGUAAAGCGCACGCGGGGGACUCAUUUCGACGCACUGGGUGCCAACAAGCGCGCCAAGUACUGGCUUGGUGACCGGGAUGCCGAGAUCGUUGCUCCUUACGAAGACGACGAGGAGGAGCAAAGCGACGGAUUCCUCUGGAAUCGAGGAGCCGAUGGUGAUCUGGUACCCUUUUCCGACGACGACUACACAGAUGAGCGCUUCUUCUACGACGAAGAGGACGAUGACAGCGUUUCCGACCGGAAGAGCCCGGUAAGGCGCAUGAGCGAAGACGUCGUGGCCCACAUGGAGAUCUAA